AUGGUGUCCAACAAGGAUCGAGCUGCCAUCACUUGGUACAACAUUCUCAUCGUUGGCUUUGUUACAAUAGCUGCCGCCGGCUAUGCUUGGACCAAUGCUAUCAUAGGAACAACUCUGGGCCAGCCUUCAUUUCUGAAGUAUUUUCAUCUCGACACUGCUUCCAAUGCCACCGAUCUAAUUUCAACAAUGAAUGGCCUUUUCCAGGCCGGUGGAUUCUUCGGCUCUCUUGCUGCAGGACCUGUCGCCGAUCGAUGGGGUCGAAAGGCAUGUCUGGGGGCGGCCGCUGUUAUCACGAUCGUCUCAAAUGCUUUGUUGGCUGGUAGCGUUCAUGUUGCCAUGUUCAUUACUUUUCGAUUUUUUUCCGGCUUUGCAGCUUUCUUCACGCUGACAGUUGUCACGAUCUGGAUGAGUGAAGUUGUUCCUCCAGCCGUGCGAGGGACAGUCAUGGAGAUGCUCACUGUUGGUUUCGUUGCCGGCUAUGUAGGCGCCUCCUGGACCGGCUUCGGGUUUUAUUUCUGGAAGUCCAACAAUGGAAGUGAAUGGAGGCCACCCCUCGCCAUCGGUUGUGCCUUCCCACUCAUCUUCCUGGCUGGUCUCCGCUGGGUUCCAGAGAGCCCACGAUAUUUGGUCGCGAAAGACCGCCACGAAGAAGCUCGAGCCGUUCUUGAGCGGCUUCAUCGUGGCAAGGACCCUGCAGACGUCUCCUUUGCGCAUGCAGAACUCUAUCAGAUCCAAAAGCAAACAGCCAUUGACCGGACGCUCCAAGCCUCCUGGGCCGCCAUGUUCAAGCGGCCUUCGUACCGGAAACGCUGCUUCUAUGCGAUGGGUUAUAUCGUCAUCACACAGUGUAUUGGAGAGUUGGUCAUCAACAAUUACAGCCCUUCACUCUACGCUGGUUUGGGCUAUGGCCCCGUCAAACAGCUGCUCUACUCUAGCGCAUGGAUCACACAAAGUGUUGGCUUCGUCGUCGUUGCGAUGGUCCUGAUCGACAGGUUUCCUCGACCCCAAUACAUGGCAUUCGGCGUAUUAUUCUCCGAGGUAUGCCUUAGCAUCUAUACUGCCAUCAUAGCAACCUAUGGGCAAACGUUGGAGAAUAAGGCAGCUCUCCGUGCUGCUGUGGCGAUCCUUUUCAUCUACCUCUUUCCGGUCAUCGUUUUCCUUGACGGUUUGCUUUUCAUUUACGUGGCUGAGCUAUUUCCGAACCAUUUACGUGCAAAGGGGACCAGUCUCGGCAUUGCUACCUUCUGCCUUACCAACAUUAUUUGGCUUCAAUCAGCGCCAACGGGAUUCAAGAAUAUCGGAUGGAAGUAUUAUCUUUGUCUGAUCAUUCCGGGAACGAUCGGCGGCUUGAUUCUCUGGAAUUACUUCCCCGACACGAAAGGUGUUCCGCUCGAGGAACUAGCAGCCCUUUUCGGUGACGAAGACGAGGUGGCCAUCUACCAGAGUGAGAUCGAAGUUAACGAAAACACUGGAGAGGUCGCGGAACACCUCCGUGAACCUAAGCCGGUACAAACUGUUUAUGUUGAGAGUGCUGCUUGA